UCGGUGCGCAUCGUCAGCAUCAGUUUGAAGUCAAAUCUGACAGCCUGCUUGCCUUGCCCGGUUCCUUUUUUCCCUUUUCCCGUCUCCUUCCCUCGCCGGUGGUCAUCCCGUCUCGUUUAAGAGUUGUGUCGGGACUGUGGGAGAGCGCGUUUGGCUUCAACUUGGGGUUGAAGAAAGACAAGAGGAAACUCCUCGGGAUUCUCCAUACACCGAGCUCUCAUCCGGAUAUUCUGUUUGACGUGUUGAAGUGCUACUUAAGGAGAAUUCUGGGGAGCUUUCUUACUCUUUCGAUUCCUCAAGGAUGAAGCAGAACAGUGGACCUGUGUUCUGAAACAGCUCCCACUUUCCAAACUUCAUGUUCCAGGAUGAACCAUGAGCAAAGGUUGUGAGGGCCUGCUCCUAUCGUCCUGUCGUUCAGUGAGGCAGUGAGCUCACGGUGGAUACAGCAUGCAUGUGUCGAAAUAUCCCAUGAUGCACUCUGCCAACCCGGGACUGCUACUCCUCAGCUUCCUCUUCCUCGCCGAUGCCGACUCACCCCCGAGAUUUACACGAACCCCAGAAGACCAAACAGGAGUGCAGGGGGGAGUGGCCUCCUUUGUGUGCCAGGCCACAGGUGAUCCACAGCCCAAGAUCGUGUGGAACAAGAAAGGCAAGAAAGUCAGCAACCAGAGAUUUGAGGUAAUAGAGUUUGACGACGGGUCCGGCUCGGUCCUGAGGAUCCAGCCUCUGAGGACCCCGAGAGACGAGGCUAUUUACGAAUGUCACGCCUCCAACUCUGCGGGAGAGAUCACGGCCUCCACCAGGCUGAGCGUGCUACGAGAGGACCAGCUGCCCUCGGGGUUCCCAACCAUAGACAUGGGUCCGCAGCUAAAGGUGGUGGAGCGUUCUCGGACCGCCACCAUGCUUUGUGCUGCCAGCGGUAACCCCGACCCAGAAAUAACCUGGUUCAAGGAUUUCCUGCCGGUCAACACGUCCAACAACAACGGACGGAUCAAGCAGCUCCGCUCAGAGUCCUUUGGUGGCACGCCCAUACGAGGUGCCCUCCAGAUAGAGAUGAGCGAGGAGUCGGACCAGGGGAAAUACGAGUGUGUUGCCACCAACAGCGAUGGGACGCGUUAUUCCACACCGGCCAACCUCUACGUCCGAGAGCUGCGAGAAGUGCGCCGCGUCCCCCCUCGCUUCUCCAUCCCGCCGGCCGACAGCGAGAUCAUGCCAGGGGGCAACGUCAACAUCACCUGCGUGGCGGUGGGCUCCCCGAUGCCCUACGUGAAGUGGAUGCUGGGAGCCGAGGACCUGACGCCCGAGGACGACAUGCCCAUCGGCCGCAACGUCCUGGAGCUGACUGACGUGCGGCAGUCCAACAACUACACCUGUGUCGCCAUGUCAACGCUGGGCGUGAUCGAGGCGGUGUCGCAGAUCAUCGUGAAAGCUUUGCCAAAGGCUCCUGGCAGCCCUGUGGUGACAGAGAGAACUGCAACAAGCAUCACACUCACCUGGGAUUCAGGCAACCCCGAGCCGGUCUCCUACUACAUCAUACAGCACCGUGCCAAAGGGUCCGAGGACCCCUACAAAGAGAUCGACGGCAUCGCCACGACGCGCUACAGCGUGGGCGGCCUCAGCCCGUACUCCCACUACGACUUCCGGGUGGCAGCCGUUAACACCAUCGGCCAGGGCCCCUCCAGUGAUGUGGUGGAGGCUCGCACGGCUGAGCAGGCCCCCUCCUCUCCCCCUCGACAGGUGAGAGGUCGCAUGCUCAGCACCACAACAGCAAUCAUCCACUGGGAUGAACCCGAGGAGCCGAACGGACAGGUGGUGGGCUACAGAGUCUACUACACCUCAGACAACACGCUGCCAGUCAACCAGUGGGAGAAGCAGAUGGUGCGCAGCGCCAACUUCAUCACCAUCCAGAGUUUGACUCCCAACAAGACUUAUUACAUCCGAGUGCUGGCCUUCACCUCUGUGGGAGACGGGCCGCUGUCCCAGGACCUGCAGAUCAUCGCCAAGACCGGAGUUCCAUCACAGCCUUCAGAAUUUAAGGGUGAGGCCAAGUCUGAGACCAGUAUCCUGCUGUCCUGGGUAGCCCCGCCCCAGGGUGGUCCCGAUAACCAGAUCACAGGAUAUGAGCUGGUCUACCGACGGGCCGAUGACACAGAGGAGAAGAAAGUGAGCUUCGAGCCGACCGCCUCCUACCUGCUGAAGAACCUGAAGCCCUUCUCCUCCUACACCUUCCAGCUGGCCGCAAAGAGCAAGCACGGCAUCGGGGCGUAUACUAACGAAGUGUCCAUCGACACGCCGCAGACGCUUCCUGCAGCGCCUCCCCAGGACAUCACAUGCACCAGCCCCAGUUCUACCAGCAUCCUGGUAAGUUGGGCUCCACCUCCUCUGGAGUUUCAGAACGGCGUCAUUACGGGAUACUCCAUCCAGUACUCCACCACCGAGGGCAACAAGUCGUCCAAAAGGAUCGACGGAAUAUCCCCGGAAAGCUCUCCGUACGUCCUGGAGAACCUUGAGAAAUGGACUGAGUACGGCGUAACGGUGCGGGCUCAGACAGAAGCCGGGGACGGACCGGAAAGCUUACAGCUGCUUAUCCGCACUGAGGAAGAUGUUCCAAGCGGCCCUCCUCGAGGGGUGGAGGCAGAGACUGUGAACGCCUCGGCCGUUAGGGUGAAAUGGCGAGCGCCCGCCCCCGAAAAGCAACACGGUCAGAUCCGAGGCUACCAAGUCCACUAUAUGAGGAUGAACUACGGAGAGCCGCAGGGUCAGCCCUUCAUCAAGGACAUCCUCAUUGAGGACACUCAGUGGGAAAACGAUGACUCAACAGAAUACGAUGUGGUUCUUGGAGAUCUGAAGGCAGACACAUCUUACUCUGUGUCAGUGGGGGCUUACACCGCUAAAGGUGAUGGGGCUCGCAGCAAACCGGUUUCUGCCUGUACAGCCAUGCCAUUGCCUGAGAAGCCCAAACUGAUGGUCAGUGCCACUGAUUCAAGCACUGCUCUGCUUCAAUGGUACCCACCACAAAACCCGCCCACCCCUCUCCUGGGGUACCGCCUCACCUUCGGCCGUGUCGACGUCCUCCCCUUUACGGUUGUUGAGUUCCCCACCAAGGAGAACCGCUACACCGCCCAGGACAUCCACAAGGGAGCCGACUAUGUGUUCAGACUCUCCGCCCGGAACAAAAUGGGCUACGGAGAGGAGGCGGUGAAGGAAGUGACUACUCCAGAAGACGCCCCGAGUGGAUACCCUGAGAAUAUAAUCUCUCAGGAGGCCUCUGCCACCACUCUGCGUCUGGAAUGGAAAUCAGUGCCGCUAAUUGAGCAAAAUGGGAAAAUUGUGAAGUACUCGGUGCUGUACAAGGAUAUAAACAGCCGAGGGAACGCCUCAGAAGUCGUUGUGCCCGCUCCGGGGUCGAGCGUUUUGUUGGAGGGUCUGAGUGCCGAUACUGUGUAUGAUGUCAGGUUGUGCGCGUUCACGUCUGUAGGCCCCGGGCCGUACAGCCCCGGCGUCCAGUGUAGGACGCAGCGGCUGGAUCAAGUUUUUGCUGCAAACUUCCGAGUCAAGGCUUCCAUGAAGAACUCUGUUCUGCUGUCCUGGGAGAUCCGAGACAAGAACCCCGCCCAGCCGUUCACCAUCCUGUAUGGGAAGGGCCAGUCUGUUGAAGUGGAUGGGAAGCUGACUCAGAAGCUGAUCACUGGUUUGGAGCCGGACACCCAGUACUCCUUUCUGCUCACCAAUCGAGCCAACAGCGCCGGGGGUCUGCAGCACCGCGUCACCGCCACCACCGCCCCCGACAUCCUCAAAACCAAACCCACUGUGGUGGGAAAGACCAACGCAGACGGCAUGGUGACUGUGCAGCUUCCGACGGUGCAGACGACAGCCAAAGUCAGGGGUUACUAUGUGGUGGUGGUGCCUCUGAAGAAACAGAGAGGAGGGAAGUUCCUGAAUCCCUGGGAGGAGCCUGACCAGAUGAACAUGGAUGAGCUCCUGAAAGAGAUCAACAGGACCAGCAUCAGUCGUGCCCUCCGCAUCCGCAGACAGGCCGGCCAAUCAGAUCCAAGAGCCUACGUCAGUGCCCACUUUAAGACCCUCCCCCUGGAGUUCACGCUGGGCGACGGUCGGAACUACGGUGACUUCCGCAACCGUCCGCUACAGAACGGACAGGAGUAUGUUUUCUUUGUGCUCGCGCUGCUCGACCUCUCUGAGAAUACUAUGUUCGCCACCAGCCCGUACUCUGAUCCCGUGACAUCAUCCGAUGUGGAUCCUCAGCCAAUCGUGGACGAGGAGGAGGGUCUGUUGUGGGUGGUGGGGCCCGUGCUGGCCGUCAUCUUCAUCGUCUGCAUCGUCAUCGCCAUUCUGCUCUUCAAGAGCAAACCUGACAGGGCGGCUUAUUGCAGCAAAGCCAUGUCGUCCCAUCAUCCCACUGAUACCAGAAUCAAGAAACUCCAGACUUUAGCCGCACACGUAUCCAAAUUGCCUUUUUUUUCCUUCUUCUUUUUUCUGUGCUCUGCAGGCAUGGCGAGUCACCCGCCCAUCCCCAUCUCCGAGAUGGCAGAUCACAUCGAGCGCCUCAAGGCGAACGACAAUCUCAAGUUUUCUCAAGAGUACGAGUCCGUCGACCCCGGUCAGCAGUUCACCUGGGAGAACUCCAACUUGGAGGUCAACAAGCCAAAGAACCGCUACGCUAACGUCAUCGCCUAUGAUCACUCCAGGGUCAUACUCUCCAGCAUCGAGGGUGUCCCGGGCAGCGACUACAUCAACGCUAACUAUAUCGACGGCUACCGUCGUCAGAAUGCCUACAUCGCCACUCAGGGGUCCCUCCCUGAGACUUUCGGGGAGUUCUGGAGGAUGGUCUGGGAGCAGCACACGGCUAAUAUCAUCAUGAUGACAAAGCUGGAAGAGAAGUCAAGGGUGAAGUGCGAUCAGUACUGGCCGACACGGGGCACGGAGACCUACGGCCUCAUCCAGGUCACUCUGCUGGACACGGUGGAGCUGGCCACCUACUCUGUCAGGACCUUCGCUCUCUACAAGAGCGGCUCCAAUGAGAAGCGCGAGGUCCGUCACUUCCAGUUCACGGCCUGGCCCGACCACGGGGUGCCUGAACACCCCACCCCCUUCCUGGCCUUCCUGCGCAGGGUCAAGGCCUGCAACCCUCCGGAUGCAGGACCGAUGGUUGUCCACUGCAGUGCUGGAGUGGGUCGCACCGGCUGCUUCAUUGUCAUCGACGGCAUGGCAGAGCGGAUCAAGCACGAAAAGACCGUCGACAUCUACGGCCACGUCACGCUGAUGCGCUCCCAGAGGAACUACAUGGUCCAGACGGAGGACCAGUACAUCUUCAUCCACGACGCGCUGCUGGAGGCCGUGACCUGCGGGAACACAGAGGUCCCCGCCAGGAACCUGUACUCCUACAUCCAGAGGCUGACGCAGAUCGAACCGGGGGAGAACGUCACCGGCAUGGAGCUGGAGUUCAAGCGUCUGGCUAGUGCCAAGGCCCACACGUCGCGGUUUGUGAGCGCCAACCUGCCAUGCAACAAGUUCAAGAACCGGCUCGUGAACAUCAUGCCCUACGAGACCACGCGUGUGUGUCUGCAGCCAAUCAGAGGGGUGGAGGGAUCGGAUUAUAUCAAUGCCAGCUUCAUUGAUGGAUACAGGCAGCAGAAGGCCUACAUAGCUACCCAAGGUCCGCUGGCUGAGACCACAGAGGACUACUGGAGGAUGCUGUGGGAACACAACUCCACCAUAGUUGUCAUGCUAACCAAGCUGAGAGAAAUGGGACGGGAGAAGUGUCACCAGUACUGGCCUGCAGAGCGCUCAGCCAGGUACCAGUACUUUGUGGUGGAUCCCAUGGCUGAGUACAACAUGCCCCAGUACAUCCUCCGAGAGUUUAAAGUCACCGACGCGAGGGACGGCCAAUCGCGGACAGUUCGUCAGUUCCAGUUCACUGACUGGCCAGAGCAAGGAGUGCCAAAGUCAGGGGAGGGGUUUAUUGAUUUCAUUGGCCAGGUGCACAAAACUAAAGAACAGUUUGGCCAGGAUGGGCCAAUCACUGUGCACUGCAGUGCGGGAGUGGGGAGGACCGGUGUGUUCAUCACCCUCAGCAUCGUGCUGGAGAGGAUGAGGUACGAGGGAGUGGUGGACAUCUUCCAGACUGUCAAGAUGCUCCGCACCCAGAGACCUGCCACCGUUCAGACCGAGGACCAGUACCAGUUCUGCUACCGGGCCAGUCUGGAGUACCUGGGAAGCUUUGAUCACUAUGCAACAUAAACCCAGUGGCCGUCUCUCGUGCCACAUCCCACCUAGUGCACUUCUGUCAGGUCACACGCGUGCGGGUCUGGAUGAAUGCACUAGGCCGCGAUGUGUCUUUGAAGAGCUUCGGCCACCACAUGCAGAGUGAAGGGGGACCAUCGGCUUACUCCGUACCAAGAAACAGCACCUCUAACUGAGCCAUAGAAACCUGCUUGACAAGGGUGUUUCUUCCACCCUCAGCCCAAACACACCCAUUGGUCAGUCUGAAGAAGCAACUUCAACCACUGUUCCAAUCAGAAUACUUGAUCGAAUAUUGAUUUUUUUUUUUUUUUUUGUCGUUUCCGUGCUUUUUGUGAGCACCCAGAUUGCUUUACAUUGUUUGGGUGUGGAACUCUCACCUGUGUCCACCACCAGUGUAGCAUCACCAACCUAAACACAGGACCUGGCUACAGUAUAUAGCUAUCACUUUUUUCUAUCUAGAGGACUGUCUAGAAAAGGAGUCUGCAAAUCCAUCUUAUGGAAGCCACGUGGACCGACCGAAAGAAACUGGGACUUUUUCAAAGCACCAGAGAAUUGCCAACAAGAGACUGCGAACACAGAGCACACAGUAUUAAAAAAGACAAAGAACUCACAUCCCCAAAAAACAAAAAAAAAAGAGACACCAACAAGUGUUUUUUUUUUUCCUCCGUCUUUCUCUUUUUGUUUUGGAAACAGACUCUCGUUUCCCGUGAAUGAAAAAGAAGAUAUUUCUACCAUACAGUAAUAAAAAAAAAAAAGCACCAGUUCAACCUUAUGCUUCACGAGUUAAGAUAAGGGAAAGAGGUUUCAAAUGCAUACCACAAAGUAAGACAUUGAUUUAGUUUUUUAGAAAAAUAUAGAUAUGUGACUAUCUUGUUUUUUAAAAACUGGGUAUUUCCUUGUGGCACGUUUUUUGUUUUUUGUUGUUUUGACAGAUUUGCGACUUUGUCCCCCACUGAUCAUAAGAAGGCAAAGUUGUGUUUUGUUCUUUUUCUUUUCUGUGUAAUCCAAUGAGCUGUAGCGAUUUUUAAACAAACAAAAAAAAAAGUGAUACGGUACUGUUUUAAAAGUG